GAAUUAAAUAAAAUGCCAUACAGAAAAAAUGAAAUUAAGAGUUUAAGGUCGUAGCCUAUGUGUGCAUCUGCUUUUAUUGGCUACUUGUAGUUUACAUUAUUAAUAAUACGCUAUUCAUAUCCGCUAAUAUUACUUUCAUCUGAGGAUGCUUUUCCUUGCUCGGCACCCUCAAUCACCCUCGUAGAACCGGGCCUGCUCUCAUCCAAGGACCUGCAAGGAUUUUUUUCUCUGCUGUCUGUGUUGUAAUGGGAUAAAACCGCAUAACUGAUGAUGAUUGGCUGAUGAUCAGCGUUUGCCAACCAGAGGCAGUGGAGGGCGGGUUUUCACACACAAGCACUAACCCAGUCCCACAGAACACCAACGCCCGUCGCAUAGGAAUCAGAGAGGAAUGGCAAGAGCAAAAUGUUUAAAAGUAGAUUUCACAAACUGGAUAUAUAAGCACUACUAUCCAUCAAUAAAGUGAAACACAAGGAAUGUGGAUGUAACGUGCAAGUUCCUUAUGCUGCUGCGGGUAAAAAAACUACAACAUUUCCAAAGCGAAAGUGAAACUAUCCUCGCGCUCCGCUGUCAAACAAUAAUUGCGAAUAAUUACAUAUCCGUCUCUUACAGUGCAAUAUAAGGGUGUAUCCUGCCUUGAUGCCCGGUGACUCCUGAGAUAGGCGCAGGCUCCCCGUGACCCGAGGUAGUUCGGAUAAGCGGUAGAAAAUGGAAUGGAAUGGAAUGGAAUAUUGGGGGGAUCCAAGUUAUUUGACAUAUUUGAAUUUUUUUUCAAAGAAGGUAAUAAAGAAAUGGGAUCAGAAGAGUCAAAGCCUGCAGCACCAACAUAUAACCCAGAAUUUGAUAAACCAUGGAGGAACUUUAAGUGGAAUCAGAAAUCAGAACUGAAAAAGCAACUAGAGGAAUUCAGUCUGUGUAACCAAGAUGUGAAGCACAUCAAGAUUCUGGUUGCUGGACCAAUAGGAGCAGGAAAGUCCAGCUUCAUCAACUCUGUCAAUAACGUCUUUCAAGGACGAAUCACCUCUGAUGCGCCAGCUAAUUCAUCUUCUGGCCAUGGUAAAAGUUUCACUACUACACUUAAAGGACAUUACAUCAGUCGUGGAAAAAUCCCGUUAGUCUUUGUUGAUAUAAUGGGUUUAGAACCUGAUACAAUGGCCGGGUCACAACCAGAGGACAUCAUCAAGGCUGUAUAUGGCCAUGUGAAGGAUGGAUAUAAAUUUGAUGAGUCAAAGCCACUCUCUCAUGAGGAUCAACAGUAUGCCAGUGACCCCAGUCUCUCUGACCAGGCAUUCUGUCUGGUUUACGUCAUACCUGCUAAUACAGUUGACAUGACGGAUGACAAACUCAUUGACAAGUUGAAGAUCAUCCGUCACAGAAUCAGUGAAAAUGGGAUUCCUCAAGUGAUUGUUAUGACCAAAGUGGAUGAAGCAUGUCCACUGGUGAACAAAGAUCUAAAGAAGAUGUACUACAGCAAGAAGAUCAAAGAAAAGAUGCAGGUAUGCCAUGACAAACUGGGUGUGCCGAUGUGCAACAUCUUCCCAGUGAAGAACUAUCAUGAAGAGAUCGACACUGAUGAUGAUGUUGAUGUUCUGAUUCUGAAAGCUCUGGAUCAGAUCGUUCGGCUUGCUGAUGAUAGAUUGUUUAAUAGCAGUGAUACCCUGAAAAACUGACUCUACGAGUCAUUUCUCUACACAAAUGCAUAGUGUAAUGCAAUGUAAUGCAAAGUCGCUUUGGAAAAAAGCAUCUGUCAAAUGCAUAAAAAAAAUAUGUGUUAAAUAUCGACUACUGAUGAACUGCUGUAACUCAUGAAAUAUAUAUAUUUUUUAACUAUUUCUGAGUAAAUGUAAACAUAUGUUGGCAUAUUUUAUAAAUACAAAAAAAAAAAUAGCAACUGUUCAUUUUACUGUUCCCUGUAAAACUUGAUUCUGAUUGGUUACUUGCAACACUAUAACGUUUUUUAUUUUAAUUAAAAAAUUGCCGUAUGGACAGCGCUCCACAAUGUACUUGGGGCAACCUGUGAUGUAAUUCUGCUCUUGGUCCUAUCCUGCCCAGAUAGCAAAUUUUUGCGGCCCAAAUCCUGCCCACACCUUACUCGCCAAACCACCUAAUCUGUACAACCUUGAAUGAUGGCACUUGGGCGGUCCGCUCCUGUUUGCCAGAUUUGGGCCGCAGCCAUGCCAAAGCUAUGCCACAUGUCACACAUCA